AUGGCAGGAUAUUCAUGUUCAGAAUCACGAUCCGGAGGUGGAACACAAACUUCAGGAGGAUCUGCUGCACCAACUGUUGUUUCUCCAACCAACAAGUUGUUGACUGGAUAUCCAGGAUUAUUUGGAAUAUCUCCUGUAAACUAUAGUUCAAAUGAUAUGGGAGGAAUUGGAGGAAAUGGAUAUUAUAGUGGUGCAUCUGUGAAUUAUACAGGUUCUGGUGGUGGAGGAAGUUCUUUCAUCUCAGGAUAUGAAGGAUGUAUUGCUCUAAAUAGUUCAUUAGAUGAAACACCAAGUCCAACAAAUUCUCCAAUCCACUAUUCAGGCAUUUUCUUCACAAAUCCAAUCAUGAUCGAAGGCAACAAGAACAUGCCUCUUUAUUAUAGUCCUUCAUCACGUGGCAUUGGCAACAAGAGUCGUGGCGCAAUAAGAAUAUCUGUACUUUUAUUAAAAAUAUGUUCAUACAAGAAUCUGUGUUUGAAUUAUCGAUUUUUCCACAUUUUAACUCUUGGAUUUAUUGCAACAUAA